GAGAGCCCUGCAGCCCCCACAGCUCCAGCUCCGCUUGCGCAUCCCAGGCCCCCGCAGCAGCAUGAAGGUCCUCGCAGCCACCCUGGUCACUGUCCUCCUCGUGGCCACCUGCUCCCCGUCCCAGGCUCAUCUUGAUGGUGUCCCGACCAAGUGCUGCUUCAGCUACCAAAAACGGCCCGUCCCACGGGCCCUCAUCACCUCUGCCUACUUCACCAGCAGCAGCUGCAGCCAGCCGGGAGUGAUCCUGGUCACCAAGAAGAAUAAGGAGCUGUGUGCGGACCCCCGGGAGCCCUGGGUGCAGGCGCGGCUGAAGGACUUCCAGACCCCGAAGAACUGACCUGUCCCUGCUGCCACCCACCAUGUCCCCGGUGCUGCCCCCAGAGGGCUUGUCUUCCAGCCCCAGGCACGCCAGAGAGUACUUGAACUGCAGCCUUCUUCAACAGAAAAUUUAUUCUAUUUAACUUAUUUCAGUUAAAGUAAAUAUUUUUUGUUAAUAAAAAGGAAACUUGAAGAAUGAA